AGAGGCGGCACCGGAGCUGCGGAGCCCCGGGACCCCCCGCCCCGAAAUGGAAACGAACAACCAUUUUAACUUCCCUGGCCUCCCCUCUGUCCCCACUGCCUCAGGACUGAAGCCCGCCCCUUCCUCAGGGGACAGCCUCUACACUAACGGGUCUCCGAUCAACUUCCCCCCGCAAGGGAAAGGCCUGAAUGGCGACAUGAAUGGGAAUGGCUUAUCUACUGUAUCUCACACUAGUACUUCAGGGACCUUUUCUGCCGGGCACUCCCCCGACGCCUCUGCCCUCCCCCACCCGUACGACUAUCUCUGGAACUACCCGCCGUACCAGCCCGGCGGCCUCAAGGAGACCCCCGGCGUCUCCCAGUUCUCCGGCCUCGGACAGUACCCGCUCAACGGCAUCCUCGGGGGCACCCGGCCGGCAUCCCCGGGGCACAACACUAACCCCAGGGCGGGCCAGGAGUUCUGGGCCAACGGCACCGCCGGCUCCAUGGGGCUGAGCUUCGAUUCGCAGGAGCUGUACGACUUCCAGGAUCAGAGCUUCGAGCUCGUGCCAAACGGCGCCAGCGGUUUCUACGCGGCCUCCCAGCCCUCCCCCAUGCUGGGCUCCAGCGCCCAGCCUUUCUCGCCACCGCCGGGCCCGCAGGACGAGCCGGGCACCGGCCAGGAGGGGUCCUUGGCGGCAAAGGAGAUGCCGCCUGCGGGCGAGGAGACCGGCGCCGCUCUGAUGGGCAGCAAGGAACUGGAGGAGACGCAGCCGGACCUGAAAAUGUGCAGCUACAACAGCUCCGGGCCAGCCGUGGAGCCGCUCAGCCAGGAAGCGUCCGUCUUGUCCCCGGACACCACUGGGAGCUGCCUGGGCGACGCCUCCGCUAUCGCCGGCCCCCUGGCAGACCCUCCCCUCCUGAGCGAAGACCCCCUGGAGCCCUUCGAGUCGCUGGCUAGAGACCCAGGGACCGGAGAUCUCUACGAGAUGGACAACUCCCAGCUGGUGAACGACAAGUCUUCUCUGGAGGCUGCCCCGGACAUCUCGACCCUCGAGUGCUCCGAGAGCCCCUCCCUGAACAACUCCAGGUCCUUCAACCUGCUGCCGGAUGACAGCCAGGGCCCCUCCUCGCUCUUCGUCAGCCCCGACUCGCCGCCUGUCCUGGGGGAGGCCGUCCUGCAAGACAGCAGCUUAGACCUGCAGGACGGGGGCGACCCAGGGGAGGAGGAAUCGGGGUCUCUGGAGCGCAGCCCCCCGCUGGAGCCGGAGUCCCCAGGCGCCUGUCUGGAGGAGGAGGAGGAGGAGGAAGUGGCUGAGGACAGCUGCCUGGAGGCUCUGGCAGCCCCGCUCAGUGCAUCAGCAAGGGGUGAAGUCCCCCGCAGACGGAUCGCCACGGCGGAGGAGGUUCGCUUCCCCCUGCAGCACGGAUGGAGGAGGGAAGUGCGAAUCAAGAAGGGCAGCCACCGCUGGCAGGGGGAGACAUGGUACUACGGGCCCUGCGGCAAAAGGAUGAAGCAGUUCCCGGAGGUGAUCAAGUACCUGAGCCGGAAUGUGGUGCAGGACGUCCGGCGCGAACACUUCAGCUUCAGCCCCCGCAUGCCCGUCGGAGACUUCUAUGAGGAGCGGGACACGCCCGAGGGCUCGCAGUGGGUGAAGCUGACCCGGGAGGAAAUCCCCUCGCGCAUCCAGGCCAUCACGGGCAAGCGCGGGCGCCCCCGGAACGCGGAGAAGGAGAAGGCCAAGGCCAAGGAGGCGCCCAAAGUGAAGCGCGGCCGGGGCCGGCCCCCCAAGGCCAAGAUGGCCGACUUGCUGAGCAAGACUGACGCCAGGCUCCUGAAGAAACUGGAAGCCCAAGAGGUGCUCAGUGACGAAGACAAGCUGAAGAUGAGCAAGAUCAAGAAGAAGAUGAGGCGAAAGGCAAGGAACAAACAGAAGCAGGAGGCCAAAGUGCCCAAGCCCAAGGAGGCCAAGAAGAAAGCCAAGGCAAAGAAGGAGAAGGCGCGGCCGGAGAAGGCCAAGGAGAAGGCGCGGCCCAAGGAGAAGGGGCGGCCCAAGGAGAAGGCCAAGGCUGUGCGGAAGGUGGACAAGAACCUGCUGGCCCAGCGGCGGCUGGAGGAGCGGCGCCGGCAGCAGAUGAUUUUAGAGGAGAUGAAGAAGCCCACGGAGGACAUGUGCCUGGGCGACCAUCAGCCCCUGCCGCCAUUCUCCCGCAUCCCCGGCCUGGUCCUGCCCAGCGGGGCCUUCUCCGACUGCCUCACCAUCGUGGAGUUCCUGCACAGCUACGGCCGGGUCCUGGGCUUCGAGGUGCCCCGGGACGUCCCCAGCCUCUGCACCCUGCAGGAGGGGCUGUUCGGCGUGGACGACAGCCUGGGCGAGGUGCAGGACCUGCUGGUGCGGCUCCUGCGGGCUGCCCUCUACGACCCCGGCCUCCCUUCCUACUGCCAGUCCCUGAAGAUCCUCGGGGAGAAGGUGUCCGAAAUCAGCCUGAACCGGGACACCGUGUCCGAGAUCCUGCGCUGUUUCCUCAUGGCCUACGGGGCCGACGCCGACCUGUGCCACGGCCUGCGGACCAAGCCCUUCCAGGCGCUGCCCCCGGACCGCAAGGCGGCCAUCCUGGCCUUCCUGGUCAACGAACUCAACGGCAGCGCCCUCAUCAUCAAUGAAAUCGACAAGACUCUGGAGAACAUGUCCAACUACAGGAGGAACAAAUGGAUUAUCGAGGGCAAGCUGCGCAGGUUGAAAAUCGCCCUGGCCAAGAAGACGGGCCGCCCGGAGUCCGAGAUCACGGGCCUGGACGAGGGGCCCAGGCGGCGCAGCUCCCGGAUCACGGAGGAGAACAGUGGCCUGGAGGCAGAGGAGGAAGAGAGCCGGGGCCGGAAGUCCCGCAAGGAUGAGGAGGCCAGCAUUCCUGCAUGCAGCGUCCCCGAGCUGGAGAGACAGAUCGAGAAGCUAGCCAAGAGGCAGAUGUUCUUCCGGAAGAAGCUGCUCCACGCUUCGCAGACGCUGCGGGCCACCGCGCUGGGCCAGGACCGCUACCGCAGGCGGUACUGGGUCCUGCCCCACCUGGGCGGGAUCUUCGUGGAGGGCUCCGAGGCAGCCGCGGAGGAGGGGCCCAAGGACACGGAGGAGGAGGAGGAGAAAGAGGCUGCCCCGGAGAUCUCCCCGGUGAAGAAGGAACCGGUUGAGCUGCCCAUCCCCAGCCGGCCGAACUGCAUGGUCUCCCGGUCGCGGGGCCGGCCGCGGAAAAGCAAAGAGGACCCGGCCCGGCCGGGCGGGCCCAAGCCCCCGCCCCUCAACGGGCUCCUAGAGGACUCGAUGGCCCCCUGCCAGAGCCAGCACGACCUGAGCCAGUCGGCCUUCCUGUCCUGGCUGAGCCAGACGCAGUCGUCCCUGCUCAACAGCUCGGUCCUCACCCCGGACAGCAGCCCCGGGAAGGGGGACCCCAGCCCCCCUGCCCCCGAGGCGCCCGCCCUGGAGGAGAGCUUCCCAGAGACAGUGGAGAAACAGGGGCCCUGGUUCAACCUGCUGCCUAGGACGCCCUGCCAUGCCGCUCCCCCUCUCACUACCUCCUCGGAGGAGCCCCCCGCUAGAGCCGCCCCCCAGCCUCGCAGCCUUCACCCCGGGGACCAGCCCAAGGCUACGGGCAGGCAGCCGAAUGGCCCCACGUCUCCCCCCCUCGCUUCCACGCCCGUCCACGCCAGCCCCAGGGUGCCCAGCGCGUGCCCCAGGGGCCGGGGCGGACCUGAGAAGGCCCAGGAGCUGCCAGGGCAGCCCAAGCGCCGGGGCCGGCCCCCCACCAAGUUCUUCAAGCAGAUUGAGCAGAAGUAUCUCACCCAGCUGAUGGCGCAGCCCGUGCCCCCAGAGAUGCAGAGCGGCUGGUGGUGGCUCAAGGACCCGGAGGAGCUGGAGGCCGUGGUCCGAGCGCUGCACCCGCGGGGGAUCCGCGAGAAGGCCCUGCACAAGCACCUCACCAAGCACAAGGAGUAUCUGCGGGAGGUCUGCGCCCGCGCCACUGCUGAUCCCAUCUUCCAGCCCCAGGCCGCCGGCCACCCCAUGUCUCAGGAAGCCUUGGCCCGGUGGUCCGUGACGGAGUGGGCCUACGAGAUGGACCUCGCCCUCCUGCAGUGGGUGGAAGAGCUGGAGCAGCGGGUCCUGAUGUCGGAUCUGCAGAUCCGGGGCUGGACGUGUCCGAGCCCCGACUCGGCGCGGGACGACCUGCGGUACUGUGAGCACAAGGUAGGGGCCCUAGAGGACAUCACCCUCAAGAACCGGCGGGAGGGGCUGCCCCCCUCCCGGGAGGCCACCAACCCCCUGGACCUGGCUGUCCUGCGGCUGGCGGCGCUGGAGCAGAACAUGGAGCGCCGGUACCUGAAGGAGCCGCUGUGGCCGCCGCACGAGGUGGUGGUGGAGAAGGCUGUGCUGAGCAGCCACGAGGCGCUGGACCUGGGCAGCACGGAGAUCGCCUACGAGAUCACUCCCCGGAUGCGGACAUGGCGCCAGACCCUGGAGCGGUGCCGGAGCGCGGCCCAGGUCUCCCUGUGCAUCUACCAGCUGGAGAAAUCCAUCGCCUGGGAGAAGUCGGUCAACAAAGUGACGUGUCUGGUGUGCCGGAAGGGGGACGACGAUGAACACCUGCUGCUGUGUGACGGCUGCGACCGCGGCUGCCACCUCUACUGCCACCGGCCCAGGAUGACGGAGGUGCCGGACGGGGACUGGUUCUGCUCCGUCUGUGUCUCCCAGGCGGGAGGCGAGUAUUACGACGACCCCAGUUCGCCCAGGCGGGGCAAGAAGCGGAAAGGCGGGCGUCUCUUCGGGGGGGGCUUCCCGGAGGAGGAGGAGAGCCCUGGGCGCCGGGUCCUGCCGCGGAGGCGUGACACCCUGUCGGUGCCCCGCUACUCAGGGGAGGGCCUGUCCCCCUCCAAGCGGAGGAGACUGUCCCCACGGGGCCAGAGCAGUGACCUGACCUUCUGCGAGAUCAUCCUGAUGGAGAUGGAGUCUCAGGAGGACGCCUGGCCCUUCCUGGAGCCCGUCAACCCCCGGCUGGUGCCCGGCUACAGGAAAAUCAUCAAGAACCCCAUGGACUUCGCCACCAUGCGGACGCGGCUGCUGCGGGGCGAGUACGUGAGCUGCGAGGAAUUCGCCGCCGAUGCCACACUGGUGUUCGACAACUGCCAGACCUUCAACGAGGACGACUCGGAGGGCGGACGGGGCCGGUGCCGGGUCCCUCGGGCCGUAGGCGCGUGGGACAGGUGGACAGACGGAGUCCGGAAGCACAAGAUGUCACUGGUGACGCAGAAAAGCGGCACGAGGCUUUUGGAAGGGGGGCCAGGGCCGAGUCCGGAGUCCUGACCCAG